AAUUGUUUUAGAAGUAUAACUCUAUAACCUGAAGAUUUCGUUCAUUAUUUCAAAGUAUUCUGCAGACAUUUCAUAGAUGAGGAACGCGUCAACAUUACGUGUUUCAUUGUAAAGUGAUCAAUGUUGAAUAAAAAUCCUUGUAUUUCAUUCUUAAUUCUUUUCACUCAGAGACUUGUCGGGCAUGCUUCAUAACUCAGGUUUGAAUCAGUACUACAAAAUAAUGUCUUGUGAACAUGAUAUGCAGACUAUAGUACUACUUUUGUCAUGCUUCAUAACUCAGUUUUGAAUCUGUACUACAAAAUAAUGUCUGGUGAACAUGAUAUGCAGACUACAGUACUACUUUUCUAUUCGAAUUACUUUUAAGAAUUUAUGAAAGAUGUGGUGGAAUACAAUAACGAGAAUAGAACGAUUGUGUGAUACAGCAGUGUCGAAUGCCUCAAUAAACAACCUCGAAAAGCUGAUAUUUAAGCGUUGUUAGUUGACAUUGUAUGGUUUUUAUCUGUAAUAUCCUAAAAUAAAGGUGUUGAAAGGGUUAACCUGACGACACAUUUCAGAGACAAACGACAGAAAGGUUAUGUUUGGAUUACUCAUAUGUUGGUAUUCCUGUGGAGUGACAAGCCGCACAGAAAUCAUGUGGUGUGCGUAUGUGUUUUGUUGUUUUGGUAUCAGUUCGAAAACUGUAGUGGUCUGUGAGAGACGUGAUUGUGUUAUAAAUAGAGGUUACCGUGGAGCAGAUAGGUUUUAUGAUGCAGUGCAUUAGGUACAUAUCAUGUGCACAGUGUAUGAUAAGUCGUUUCGUUCGUCCUUGAGUGGCAUUAUCUACCGGUCGUGAAGGACCGAAUUUAUGUUAUGCAAUCAGGAGACUAGAGCAGUCGGCUUACAUCUUAAAUAUGUAUAACAAAGAUAAAAUAAAAUGGCUUUACGUGUCUUCAUUUUUGGACAUGUUUGCAGUUGGCCUAGCCGUUCCUCUGCUACCUGCAUACAUGAGAAAUCUAGGAGCAUCGCACUUUAUGAUAGGAGUUAGCAGUUCGGUUUACUCUGGAAUACAACUGUUGUCAGGACCAUUGGUUGGAAGUUGGAGUGACAUCUAUGGAAGAUAUCAAAUUCUCAUGUUCGUCCUGGCAGUUUGUUCAGUUUGCUACAGUUUCAUUGGAUUGACAACUGCUCUUUCUACGAUACUGUUUUUAAGGUUUGUCCUAGGUACUUUCAAACACACCCAGACCUUGUGCAGACCUCUUGUGGCUGAGCUGGCACCACCUGAAUACCACUCAGAAAUGUAUGGGAAAAUGAGUGCAAUGUCUGGAAUUGGAUUUAUGGUUGGACCUGCUAUUGGAGGACAUCUAGCUGAAUUAGAUGGAGGAAUGUUUCUUGCUUUUCAGUUGGCAGCAUUGUUGUUCUUACUUAAUACAGGCAUAGUAUACAAAUACCUGUGGACUGCAGAAAAAUCUAAUUCUGCACCAGUGUUGGAGACACAAAUGAAGCCUACAAAAACUGGAGUGUUAAAAAUAGUAGCAGAACUCACAGAAGUCGAUUGGUCUUUUUACUGGGAUUUAUUUAUUAUAAAAUUUCUUUUAUCUUUUGCACAAAAAGUAUUCUACUCCAAUUAUUCUAGCACUGUACAAGAAAAAUUUGAUCUUACUCCAAAAUGGGUAGGGUAUACCAUAUCAUUUCAAGGCAUGAUUGGUGCUAUUUGUGCAUUUUCAGUGAGUUGGAUUGAAGGGUUUCUUUUCAAAAACUGGAAAACAAAGUCUCUUGUACUGCUUGGUUUCUUGUUGCUGUCUUUUGCAUUUUUUGCUGUAAGUAUUGUAGAGCAGUUAAAUAUUUUUGUUUUGUUUCUUAUACCAUUAAGCUUUUCAUUUUCUUUGCUACGGAUUCUUAGUACCAAAAUGAUAAUAAAUAGAACAGAUCCCAAUAAGAGGGGUUCUGUUACUGGAGCCAGUAACAGCAUUUCAUCCAUUGCUCGCUUAAUUGCUCCACUAUGUUCAGGUGCAGUGCUUGAAUACUUAGGACCUUCAUCUGUACCAUUAUUAUCUGUGGCGAGCUCUUUUUGUGGAGUAUUGCUGGCGGCAGCAUUUCCACUUAAUGUUGUGCCUCAAAAGAAAUAUAGUUGACGCAGUUAUCAUUUACGGUGAAGCUUACCUGUUUCACACUCCAAUGUUGCUGUUCGUGUGUGAUGGUGUUACUGAUCAGUAAUUAAUUGUCAGAGUUUGUUAAACCCUGUAUUCCACAAAACGUGUGAUUGACAGGGUGUCAGUUGUGAUAUUAUUAAAAACACUGACUUAUGUAGAUAGUGCAGAGAGAGUAAGUUAAAGAUUGUUUGUGCCAAAGUAUCUAUAUACUGACAUGCAUUUAAAAAUUUUAAUCCUGUUGCUGACAUUUUAUCAUUCUCACUGUGUGCAUGAGAGUUACAGAUGUUAUUGAAGAAUAUUACUCUAGUUUUGUUUUAAACAUUUUAUGUUUGUUACUGAUGGUAUUAAAGUUCUAUUUAUUAUUUUUGUGCAUAAAGUAAAUGGAUUGGAUAUAAUUUAGAAAUCAAUUUUUAAAAUUUUGUUAUCAAUUUUAUUGUCUUUAUCAAAUUUCAAAACUAGAAGUACUUUGUUAACACAGGAUGAAUUGAAGCUUUAAUAUAUUGUUAAUUUUGCCAGUACCUUUCUCGAAAUGUGGGCUGGUGACAGAUGAUAAAAUUAGGUUUUAAAAAGACCUGCAUGUGAAAAACAUGAUAUUGUCACAUUGUUCCUAUCAGUAUUUAUUGUGUUUAAUGGCUUUUAAGUGACUGUGAUGUGCUAAAGUGAUUGUGGCUAUAUUAUUUGAUGGAGAUACUUGCAUUGUUUUAACUUCUGAUCAAUGUAUGUGGCAUUUCUGUUUAAAACAUCAUUGAUAAUUCUUUAAAAUAAGGUCCAGUAUAGAUUUUGGACUGCAUUUCCACGGGACCAAAGUUUGGACUGAAUUUCCAGGAGACCAAAGAAAUAAUGCAUGUUGUUUAUGUAAAUUCUGUAAUUUCAAAAAGAUAGUUCCUGUGAAAAGUACUCCAUAUACGUUCAAUAUUUUUUAUAAGUUAAUAUACUGAAUAUACUAUUAUUAAAAAACUACAGAUAC